AUUCUAUUGCAUUUAUGGGCAUGUCAUGGCCGUUUAUGGGGAGUGGGUGUGUCUUUAAAUGCUCAUGUUUGAUUCAGAUGUGUCUCACACUCAUAUACACACACACACACACACACACACACACGUCCUGAGAAUGAUUACAGAUGUCCUUACCUUACCUGUUCUCGAGAGCGCGCAAAUGCGGUGCGCGUGAGCGCGCAAUAGUAGUCUCCUAUCUCGUGCGCGCGCUUAAAGCAGACCCCGGUUCAAACAGAACGCACCAUCAUCAUCCUCAUCAUCCUCAUCAUCUUCAUCACCACUAAACCUGCCAGCAUGUUUCUUCUCCACUGUGUCAUGUCUUUAGUUCUGUUGCUGUUGGCUGAGAGUGGAGUGGGCCCGAGUGAUUCCCCAGGCAGUUACUGUACCGAGUCUAAGGAGUGCCUGCAGUUUGAGUUGGUGUGCCAGACGGAGGAGUAUGAAGUACGACACUAUUCUCCCACUUGGUGGGUGUCGACUGACGCUGAAGCUUAUCUCAUGGGCGUUGGAGCAGCCAUGGCCUUCAGACGCCUCUACCAAUACAUCACCGGUACCAACCAAGCAGGUAUUCAGAUGGAGAUGACCGCUCCGGUUCUAGUUGAAGUACCAGAAGAGACUCACACGUGGGAGCCGGCGCUCUACACACUGAGCUUCCUGCUCCCUUCAGUCUUCCAACGUGAUCGUCCUCCUGCCCCGAUUAAUGACAAGGUGUACUUUACAGAGAUGCCUGAGAUGGAUGUGUAUGUGAGGAGUUAUGGUGGUUGGAUGCUCUCAGUCUCGUCUCGACUCCACACACACCUGCUGACCAAAGAGCUACAGAGAGUUAACGCUAACUACAACCACACACACCACUACGCUGUGGGCUACGACAGUCCUCUGAAACUCUUACACAGACAUAAUGAGGUGUGGUAUGUGGUGAACGGUGAGCCAGUGUGCGACGGAAUGAUGUAUAAACCCAUUCAGAACACCACUGCUACCACUGCUAAUACUGCUAAUACUGCUACUGCUACCACGGCUGCUUCUCCUGCUACCACUGACCCUACUGCCACUGAAUAACCAGGAGGCACCAGUGGACUUCUGAGAUUUCUCGUAAGCAGACUCAGCUCCAGGUUAUCAGCACCAUCCCGAUAUUCUCACAAGAAUCUUUUCUCCAGUUAACAGGAUGAAAAAGUCUUCAGCUUCAGCUCAGUGUCUUGAUUAGCCUUUAGAAUAAUGUGUUAAUUCCAUGCACUCUUAGUGAAAAGGGUUCCUCAUGGGUUCUUAGGGUGCUUAAGACAAUUUUACUUCAAACCCUUUGCGAAAUGGAAGUCUGUGUUGGGUUCUACUGUUUAGGAUCCUCACAGUGGUGCAAAACAACAAACCCUUCAGGAUUCCAGAUGAAGCUUUCUUUUUAAUAGUGUAAAAUGUAUUCAUGUUUCCAUGUUGAGACCUCGAGUUUAUGAGAUUGUGUUUGUUUUAAUUUGCUGUAUGUUUACGCAUCAAUGUCACGACUUUCGCUGCGUCAGGAAUCAGGAUUGAUGUGAUCACAUACAGACCACGUGAUCAGUUCAGAAGGUGUAGAGAUGUUUCCAUCUGAUGUAGUUGUGAUGUAAUACCAGAGCUCUCCAUGCUGCAAUCACUAAUAAAACAAUAUCUCACCUGCUAAUGGCUGCUAACCUCUUGCUUUUGUAUCGGUGGUCAGUUGGAUUUCUGAUUCUAAUGAGCUCCAGAACGAUAAUUCCACCAUAUAGACCCAAAUGAUCCUAUAUUCUGUAUGAUGAUUAUACGAUGAAUAUCCUAUAACGAUUGACCUGCAAUUAAAGAAAACGAUUCCGUUCUGCUUAAGUCAUAAAUUAGUAUGAUCCAAAUCCGCGGUACAGACUUUCAGGCUAACGCGUUAACCUUUAGCAUUGCAUUAAAGGAAGUAGGUUUGAAUCGAAGGGCUUAGAAGUUCAUCCAGUGAGAAGCGAAACGUGAAAUGGUUUGAUUUAUUUGAUGUUUACAGACAUGAAAAUGGAACAUUGUACAGUUUCCAAUGUCACAACGUUGGACACAAUCGCUAAU